ACAGGUCUUAAGAUGUUUCUCUUCGCCAUCAGGUUGAGCUCUGGAAAGAGUAGAUAUCUAGGCCUUGCUGAGGCAGUAUCGUCCAAGACAUGACUGCCUCCGCACGAGGAUUUCGCUGAAGAUGAAGCCCUUCUCGGGGAUGAACUUUGGAGCGAAGGACCCAUCAAAAUCAACUACGGAUUUAGCGUGAAUCUAGGUGAACAUCUAUCUUAACACUAAUUGCAUUUUCACUGAUACCUGCUUGGUUACGAUUGGCGCACGGACGCUACUGGACCCUAAUGUCAGCUUGUUCAGUGCAACUCACAUGUUGGAUCCGGCUGUGCGCAAUGGGAUUAAAGAGCCUGAAGCAGGUAAAGAUAUCCACAUCAGCGAGGAUUGCUGGUUAGGAGGGAAUAUGGUUGUCUUGCCCCGGGUCGCUAUUAGGAAGGGCGCAACGAUUGGUGCUGGGAGUGUAGUGGCCAGGGUUUGUUCUUUUCUAUUUAGAGAUAAGGGCUGAGCAACUAAUGCGUGGUGUUAGGAUGUACCUGCAUUUCACGUGGCUUUUAGGAACUCGGCGAGCGUUAUUUGCAAAAUGAAGACGUCCCUGACGAAGUAAUGUUUCAUUGUAUAUUGACCGGAGUAAUGUGAAAUAAUUGAUUUGCAUGGCAUUGGUGUCCAUUACAUCUAAAGCCAUUUACAGCCUUACCCAAUACUAUACUUACA